AAAAUGAUGAUAAUAAUAAUAAUAAUUAACUAAUAGUAAUAAUAUUAUCUAAUAAGUAACAACGGUAACAAUAGUAAUAACUGAAAAUAGUAGUGAAUAUCAAAUAUUUGACUUAUCAAUAAUUUAGAAGCUCAAUGAAAUGAAUUAGAAGAAAGAAGGGACAAAAUUGGGUGUCAACAUGAUCUACGUUACUUUCCAACACAUCGGUUUCAUCAACUAUCACUUCUUCAUUUGGUAAGUCUUCAACUUCCACCACCUCAUCGCCUAGCACCCUUCCAUUUCGUGUAGUAAUGGCCUUACAAUGGGCACCAUUCCCAUUAUCAUUCUUUGGAUAUUCCACCGUAUCACUCGGAAGUGCAUCCUUUUGCCUUUGAUUGAGGGAAACCGAUAUUUGGCUAAGUUGAGACUGAAAUUGCUUAAUUGAAGUUGAGUGGGAGUUGACUACCCAAUGUUUGAUAAGCCAUCUUUAACCUUUUUCACAUUUGAGUAAGUAGACUCAACACUCUUGAAAGCAUAUCCUCCAUCUUUGAGCUUGUGGUGUCACUAGUAGACGGUUGGCUACCUCUUGGAGGGACAUAGGCAUUUGGGCUUCGAUGGUUGUAACCUUUGUUCUGAGCUCCUUGGUCCUUGAUUUCCUGAACCUUGUCGUCAUGACUCUUGAUCCUCCUCUUCAAACACUUGAUAACACUCUUCAUUUCGGGCCCCACAUCACUUGGCCCAACUAAAUUCACUUUUCGGGUGCUAGCUCCCAUAACAUGCAUGGUGAGCACCGCCAUUUGUGUCAUCAAUUGGUCAUGUUUUUUUCUCUUUCUUCCUCCUUUUUGAUUGGCUCCUUAGACUAACUUUGAAGUAUUAACAUAUCUUAUCUUCACUUAUUUUGACCUAGUCAUAGGAUAUUAUUUUAUUUAUCUCAUUUACUGCUUUAUUAUGCAUUGACUAAGUCUCCUAAUGGUAGAGCAUAUCAAGGAGUAGUUGCCUACAAUUUAGCUUAAGUUAGUUGUAGUUCAUGUAUUUAUUGUUGCUGACAGAUUCAGUAAGAUUAUCUUUUGACCUCCUUCUGAUCUCACUCUUUAUAUGCUAUCAGAAGCUCCCAUAAGCUCCACCGAGUUAGAUCCCUUUCAUUUUCCUUAAGCUUUCUCAUCUAUGGCUCCAGUUAUUGAUGCUCCUGUUGCUAGCAGUUCUGCAGUUUCUGCCACCACUGAUGUGGUACAAUUUAACCCUGUUGCUCAGUUACCUAUUAAACUACAAGGUGACCUCACUUUCUCAACAUGGAAAACACAACUUGUGAUGCUACUAAAUGGACAUCAACUUAUGGGACAUCAUGAUGGAACCACAACUGCUCCAUCACCUACAUUACCCAAAAUGAUCUCACUGUACCAAAUCCCAAUUAUCAGAUCUGGUUCUCUCAGGAUCAAUUAAUCCAACAAGCAAUGAUGACACCGGUCGAUCCUACAAUUCUCCAACUGUUGCAGCAACACUAUUUGCUGACAAAGCAUGCCAACUCCUUCAUACAAUUUGCACCAACAAAAUCCAUACUCACAUCUUUAGCUUGGGAGAUCAAUUGCAGAAUACUUAAGGAGGUUCGUUCUCUCUAUGAUGCUCUCAAAGUUAUUGGUUCACCUUUCAAUGACGAUGAACUUUUUAUCCAAAUUUUAAGUGACCUUGGCCCUGAGUACCGUGAAAUGUAUCUUGCAAUACGCGCAAGAGACUCUUCUUUAAGCUUUGAAGAAUUAUUUCACAAGCUCACAGAUCAUGAGCUUUUCCUAAAACAUCAAAAUCUGAAAAAACCAUCCUCUAUGAUCACAACUGUUGUUGCCCAAAAGUCCAACACGCCUCCACAAUUCCACAGGAACAAUCCUCGCUUCAACAAUCAACCAUGGAAACCAUCGUAGUCUCGCCUAUGGAAUUCCAACAAUUAGCAAAAUAGGAGACAAUCUAAGCAAUCUGUCAAAUGUCAAUUGUGCCAAAAGUCAAGCAGCACCGGCAUCGACAGCGGCAGUACGAUUCUAUCCGUUCAAGUCUUGGUCUACCGGUGGGUCGAAAACGCGCAGACCGAGUGAGUUUCCGCCGAUGUCGGCGCGCACUAACCCAAAAAGGUCUCCCCUAUCCUUUAAAGCCAUCAGGCUUUCCGAGUCACACGGCAGAUGUUUGUCGCUCCAAGUCGCAUAAGCAUUUUGAAGCUAAGGCUAACUUUGAAUCUGUCCUGCAAUCAUAUGGAAAUUCUUGGGUUCUAGACUCUGGAGCAACUCACCAUGUCACUAUCGAACCCCACAACCUUGAAAAGUAUAUAGGAACUGUAGAAAUCUCUAUGGGUGACGAUAAAACCUUUCCCUUUACUCAUACUGGUUCAACUCUAAUUCAGGCAUCUUAAACUGCUUUUAAGCUUUCUGGCACACUUUGUGCUCCAUCAAUUAAAUAGAAUCUCAUUUCUGUUGCUAAAUUUUGUCAAGAUAACUUCACAUCUAUUAAAUUCUUUCCUUUAACUUUUGUUGUGAAGGAUUUGCAUACUCUGAAGUCGCUGGUACAACGUCGAAAUAAAAAUGGUUGUAUGAGUGGCCGCAUCUGCAAUCCAGGAAACCAUCCAUUCACCUUGCCUCCAAAAAAGCCCACUUCAACUCUGGCACCGUCCAUUGGGUCAUCCCCACCCUAGAAUUUUUAAAUUUUAUUCUGCAAAAAUUUUCUUUACCUGUUGUUGCUAGCAAAGAAAAAUUUGAACUUUGUAAUGCUUGUUCUUCUAAUAAAGCGCAUUGUUUGCCAUUCCAACAACUCACUUUGUCUAGUAAUGUUCCUCUUCCGAUUAUCUUUAGUGAUUUAUGGGACUAAGUGAGGUUGCGACAAUAUUCCAAAGUUGCAUCCUUUAAUAGAAAAUUUCUUCAAAGAAAACUUUCUUCACUUUAUACAGACGGAGGGGGUGAGUUCAUCGGUCUUCAACUCUAUCUUGAGAGACAUGGCAUUGAACCCUUAAUUUCACCUACACACCACAACGUGUUGCCAUAGCUGGUCCUUUGCCUGUCAUUAUGCUAUCUACCUUAUUAACUGACUUCCCACUCCAAUCUUGAAUAAUGCGUUUCCCUACCAAAAAUUAUUUGGUCGAUCUCCUGACUAUACCAUCCUCAAAGUUUUUGGUUGUCUUUGUUACCCAUGGCUUAAAUUUAUACCAAAAAUAAACUCGAGCCCCGGUCCACCCCGUGUGUGUAUUUAGGUAUCUCUUAGAGUCACGAUGCUCAUAUUUACAUUGGCCCAGUUCAAUCCAAAUUUUUUGUAAGUUGUGAUGUAUAAUUUUUUGAAAAAGAAUAUCCUUUAAAAGAAUGUUCAUUUAUUUACGAAAAUAUAUUCUUCCUAAUUAAGUUGAGAAGUUGUUGACUCCAAAGAGGACAGUUCAACAACAAUUCAAACUCCCUUCUUUCUAUUCCAUUACUUAUUCCAAUCCCUGUAGAGUCCAACUCUAACACUACAAACUAUUCCCUAAGUGAUGCCCACUCCAACAACAACGGCCAAGUACCAGCAGCUGCAGAGACAUUAGGUAAUACACAACUCCCUUCUCCUUCUUCUUUGCAACUACUUCCCCCUUCUUCUUCGAAUGCCACUGCUCCACAUAAGCCUCUGCUUACAUAUCAUAGACGCAAAACUGCAGCUAGCAUCCUACAAUCCCAACAAGCAAUCCCCACCACUAGAGAAGCCACUCCUCCACCCCUGCCAUCCCAAGAAGUUUAAAUCCCACAAACGAAGAAGUUGAUCCCCCACCCACCAAUUCAAACCUGAUUGUCACUAGGUCCCAGAAUAAUAUCUUCAAGCGAAAAAGAAGAGACUCUUUUAUUCACCCAAUCCUACGCCUACGGGGCUAUGCCUGUAGCUUUCAAACAGGCCGAUAAACAUGAACAGUGGAGACAAGCGAUGAAAGCAGAGUAUGAUGCUUUAACAUGAAAUCAGACUUGGAACUCGUACCUGGAACCACGAGACCCAUCCAAAAAUGUUGUGGACUGCAAAUGGUUGUAUUGGAACAAGAGAAAAACAGAUGGUUCUAUUGACCAUUUCAAAGCUUGUCUAGUUGCAGAAGGUUCACACAGCGCCCCGACUUAGACUUUCAUGAGACAUUCAGUCCUGUUUUCAAACCGACAACCGUAAGAUUGGUGCUAUUUAUAGCCGUGCAACGCAAUUGGUCAAUCCAUCAACUUGAUUUCAAUAUGCUUUCCUACCAGGAAAAUUGGAUAAAGAAGUUUUUAUGUUUUAACCCUGAUGGUUCAUUAAUCCCCAAUUACCAACUCAUGCUUGCAAGCUGAAGAAGGCUGCUUGAACUUCUGCUGAAAAUGGGCUUUGUCAGAACACAAUCUGACACCUCUCUAUUUGUAUGGAAGCAUAUGGCUGUAACUAUUUAUGUGCUUGUCUAUGUUGACAACAUCAUAAUCACUGGAAAUCAUCCACAAGUGAUUAAAUUUGUCAUCAGUUCUUUGGCAGAAAGAUUUUCAUUGAAGGAUCUUGGCUACCUGAACUAUUUCUUUGGUGUUGACGUUAAGCAAGUAUCAGAUGGUCUCAUUCUUUCUCAAUCCAAAUACAUGUUGGGCAUUCUUUCCGAAGUGGAUAUGGACAAUUGUAAAUGUGUUUCUACUCCCAUGUGUUCCAGUGUCCCACUUCUAGUAGCUGAUGGUUCUCCACCUACUGAUGCCACGCGCUAUCGGUGCACCCUUGGCAAAUCGCAGUAUUUGUCCCUUACUAGGACUGCCAUUUCUUAUGAAGUCAAUAAAUUGUCACAAUUUAUGCAUGAUCCAAUUGAUGGACAUUGGAAAGCAGUUAAAAGAGUACUAAGGUAUGUCAAAGAAACUGCAAGUUCAGUACUUCGCAUCCUUUGCAGCUCUGAUUCUAAUUUGUAUAUGUAUGCUGAUGCGGAUUAGGCUGGUGAUCCGAAAGGCAGAAUCUCUACAUUAGGUUUUUCGUUGGACCAAAUCUAGUCAGUUGGUCGUCAAAAAGCAACAUGUUAUGGCUCACUCAUCCACCGAGGUAGAGUACUAAUCAGUCGCCAAUGCACUUGCAAAGCUCACUUGAGUGCGAACCUUACUUCUUGAGUUACAUGCCACCAUUUCGAAGACGCCAACAAUCUACUGUGAAAAUGUUGGAGUUGCUUAUUUAUCUCACAACAUAUCUGAAACAUGUUGCUGCAGAUUUCCAAAACAUGUUGCUGCAGAUUUUGCAUAUGUCCAUGACCAGGUUCAAGCUCAUGGAGUUCAUGUUACUCAUACUCAAGCUUGUGAUCAACUUGUUGAUACCUUCACCAAGCCACGGCCUAAAUCAGCCUUUACUAGAUGUCAUUCCAAGUUAGGCAUUGGUACACCAUGCCUAACUUGAGGGUGUGUGUUAACGUAUCUUAUCUUCUGCUUAUUUUGACCAAGUCAUAGGAUAUUAUUUUAUUUAUCUCAUUUAUUACUUUAUUAUACAUUGACUAAGUCUCCUAAUGGUGGAGCAUAUCUAGGAGUAGUUGCCUACAGUUUAGCUUAAGUCAGUUGUAGCUCAUGUAUUUAAUGUUGCUGACAGGUUUAAUAAGAUUAUGUUUUGACCUCUUUCUCAUCUCAAUCUUUAUAAGAAGGCUCUCCCCCAAUCACUUCCGACUACCUUGUAUGCCAAGCUUGAUUAGUCUAUGCUAGCUUGUCCAGCAAACCACUAGCUACUUCGAAAGAAUUUUCAAUAAGGAACACCUUCGCUACAUUGUUCCCUGCCGAUUUGUUUACCGCAUCAAGAGACCUAUAGAAUGUUUGGAGGAGUACAUCAUCAGGCAACCCGUGGUUUGGACAUUGCUUGAUCUUGUUCUUAAAUCGAAUCCAAGUUUCGUGAAGGUCUUUCAUUGGAAGUUGUUGAUUUUGACAGGAAGUUGCAACAUCCGGGAUGAAGGGAAAAAUCUCUCAAGGAAGGCUUCGGUCAACUCCACCCAUAUUGUAAUAGACUCCUUGGGCAAGUCUCCCAGCCAAGAGGUGGCUUUCCCCCAUGAAAGGGAAAAACCGCAACAUAAUUGCUUCUCGGGGGACAUUGGCUAAACGAUAGGCCGAGCAAAAUUCCUCAAGUAAUAUUUGGGUAAUAUUCCCCAAUUUUUGAUUAAAUCUUCAUAGAUUAGGCUUUACAGUCGGUGAGUAAUCGAAAUAAUUGAUCACAACCAAGUUAAAAUCACUUACCCCUAAUGUUUUGGUGAUGAAAUCCCACCUUUAAAUCGCCCACAAGGGGAGACUUCAAUACCCAUAAAUGAUGAAAUAAACUUAAAUCCCUAACUGCCAGCUUCUAUAUUGCCAGGCGAUAGGGCUUCAUGACUACGACAGAGUACUUUGUGGUCAAAGAACAAUUAAGCAGGGACCCUAGGUGAUCACGAGAAGCAUCACAUGAAUGCGGUGAGAGCAAUUCGUUUCACCAAAAUGAGCAGAACACCUGCACCUCUGUCUCCAAAAUUUGUUCCUGCUGAAAAGAGUGAAAUUACUUCAGUAAGUAAAUCAGAUGGUUUUAAGUUCAGUUUGGUAUCGUAUAACAUUUUGGCUCAGGCAUAUGUAAAGGGUACUCUGUUUCCACACUCCCCAGGGCCUUGUCUCAAGUGGAACGUCCGUUCACAGGCAAUCCUGAAAGUUCUCAAGAGCCUCGGGGCUGAUUUCCUUUGCUUACAGGAAUUGGAUGAAUAUGGUAGCUUCUAUAAAAGAAAUAUAGAGUGUGUUGGCUAUUCAAGUAUCUAUGUCCAAAGAAGUGGGAAGAAGCGUGAUGGAUGCGGGAUCUUUUAUAAGCAGGAUAGUGCAGAGUUGGUCAUUGAAGAGAAUAUAGAGUACAAUGAUCUUGUACCCUCAAUUCAAGACGAUACUUCUUCUGAGGAUAAAGAGGAGAAUUUGCCUGCUGGUGGUAAUAAAAAUUUAGCGUCAAAAGAUGCCAGUUUGAAAAACAGUGGAGCAGAUCAUGGAGACCUAAAUGAUCCUUGUGUUAGAUUUAAACGUGACUGUGUGGGUAUUAUGGCUGCCUUCAGGCUGAAGGAUCCUUGUCAUUUUAUCAUUGUGGCCAACACUCACAUUUACUGGGAUCCAGAAUUGGCCGAUGUCAAACUUGCACAAGUUCGAUACUUGCUUUCACGCUUAGCUCAAUUCAAGUUACGAGUAUCAGACAAAUUUGAUUGCUCUCCUUCUGUGAUUGUUGCUGGUGAUUUCAACUCCCUCCCUGGGGAUCAGGUUUAUCAGUACCUUAUUUCAGGUUCGUCAGAAGUGGGAACUUUGCCAGAAAGCUCAGAUGAUGUGCCCAUUCCAUUGUGCAGUGUAUAUGCAAGUACUAGAGGAGAACCACACUUCACAAACUGCACUCCUGGAUUUACUGAAACUCUAGAUUACAUACUAUUUUCACCUUCUGGGGACAUCAAGCCAGUCAGCUACCUCGAACUUCCGGAGCCCGAAGCAUCAGAUGUACAAGGUGGCCUACCAAAUUACUAUCAUCCUAGUGAUCAUCUCCCAAUUGGUGCUGAAUUUGAAAUAGUUCAGUAGUUAUGUUGUUACCAUCAUCAUUGACUUGUUUUUUUUUCCCUAUCAUUAUUGUCUGGUGGUUAAAGAGUUAUUUGAACCUGCAAUUGUUUUGUAAUUUAAGCCGUUUUUUUAACGCACAAUGUCAACUCUUUUGACUAGUGCGUGGAGAAUAAAUUUUUGGUUUCAUUAAAAUGAGAAUUAAGUAUAUUUUAAUUA